AUGAUAAUCAUAUCUGUGGACUUCGACUUCAUCAACAGUCCUCAUCUACCUCCACAAGACUUCCUCAACAGUCCUCAUCUAACACCCACAAGACUUCCUCAACAGUUCUCAUUUAACACCCACAAGACUUCCCCAACAGUCCUCAUCUACCUCCACAAGACUUCCUCAACAGUCCUCAUCUACCUCCUCAAGACUUCCUCAAAAGUCCUCAUCUACCUCCUCAAGACUUCCUCAACAGUCCUCAUCUACCUCCACAGUCCUCAUCUACCUCCACAAGACUUCCUCAACAUCCUCAUCUACCUCCACAAGACUUCUCAACAGUCCUCAUCUAACUCCACAAGACUUCCUCAACAGUCCUCAUCUAACUCCACAAGACUUCCUCAGCAGUCCUCAUCUACCUCCACAAGACUUCUCAACAGUCCUCAUCUAACUCCACAAGACUUCCCCAACAGUCCUCAUCUACCUCCACAAGACUUCCUCAACAGUCCUCAUCUACCUCCUCAAGACUUCCUCAACAGUCCUCAUCUACCUCCUACAAGACUUCUCAACAGUCCUCAUCUACCUCCACAAGACUUCCUCAACAGUCCUCAUCUACUCCCACAAGACUUCCCCAACAGUCCUCAUCUACCUCCUACAAGACUUCCUCAACAGUCGUCAUCUACCUCCUACAAGACUUCCUCAACAGUCGUCAUCUACCUCCAUAAGACUUCCUCAACAGUCCUCAUCUACCUCCACAAGACUUCCUCAACAGUCCUCACCUACCUCCUACAAGACUUCCUCAACAGUCCUCAUCUACCUCCACAAGACUUCCUCAACAGUCCUCAUCUACCUCCUCAAGACUUCCCCAACAGUCCUCAUCUACCUCCACAUGACUUCCUCAACAGUCCUCAUCUACCUCCACAAGACUUCCCCAACAGUCCUCAUCUACCUCCACAUGACUUCCUCAACAGUCCUCAUCUACUCCCACAAGACUUCCCCAACAGUCCUCAUCUACCUCCACAAGACUUCCUCAACAGUCCUCAUCUACCUCCACAAGACUUCCUCAACAGUCCUCAUCUACCUCAAGACUUCCUCAACAGUCCUUAUCUACCUCCACAUGACUUCCCCAACAGUCCUCAUCUACCUCCUACAAGACUUCUCAACAGUCCUCAUCUACCUCCACAAGACUUCCUCAACAGUCCUCAUCUACCUCAACAAGACUUCCUCAACAGUCCUCAUUUAUUUCCAAAAGACUUCCUCAACAGUCCUCAUCUACCUCCACAAGACUUCCUCAACAGUCCUCAUCUACCUCCACAAGACUUCCUCAACAGUCCUCAUCUACCUCCUACAAGACUUCCUCAACAGUCCUCAUUUAUUUCCACAAGACUUCCUCAACAGUCCUCAUUUACUCCCACAAGACUUCUCAACAGUCCUCAUCUAACACCCACAAGACUUCCUCAACAGUCCUCAUCUACCUCCACAAGACUUCCUCAACAGUCCUCAUCUAAUUCCCACAAGACUUCCUCAACAGUCCUCAUCUACCUCCACAAGACUUCCUCAACAGUCCUCAUCUACCUCCACAAGACUUCCUCAACAGUCCUCAUCUACCUCCUACAAGACUUCCUCAACAGUCCUCAUUUAUUUCCACAAGACUUCCUCAACAGUCCUCAUUUACUCCCACAAGAAUUUCUUUCCAAGCUCACAUAA